CUACGCGGGAGUUGGUUGCUAUUUAAGCUGAAGAGUAUUUUUGUACACAUACACUCAUCAUCUUCUUCAGCAAAUUAUCUUUUUGCAGAGUCUCUGACAGAGAGUGAUAGAAGCCGCAAAGUAACCCUUUGCAAUGGCAAACAUGAACACUUCUUCUAAAGGUCUUCUCAAAAGCGAAGCUCUAAAAAAGUACAUCUUGAAUACUAGUGCAUAUCCUAGAGAGCAUGAGCAACUUAAAGGGAUAAGAGAUGCAACAGCACAGAAGUAUCCUAACCUAUGCGCAAUGGGUGUGCCAGUAGACGAGGGACAGUUCCUAUCGAUGCUUUUGAAGCUCAUGAAUGCCAAGAGGACAAUGGAGAUUGGCGUUUUCACAGGCUACUCUCUGCUUGCAACUGCCCUUGCAUUGCCUGAUGAUGGCAAGAUAACAGCAAUAGACACGAGCUGGGAGUUCUUUGAAGUGGGGCUGCCAUUCAUUAAGAAAGCAGGCAUGGAGCAUAAGAUCAAUUUUAUCGAGUCAGAUGCCAUGAAGGUUCUAAACGAAAUGUCGAGCAAUGAUAAGCAAAAACCAGAGUUCGACUUUGUUUUCGUGGAUGCUGACAAAACCAGUUACAUGAAAUAUCAUGAACAUAUAAAGAAACUUGUGAAGAUUGGUGGUGUAGUUGCAUAUGAUAACACAUUAUGGUUUGGUUUUCUUGCUCAAGAAGAAGCAGAGGUGCCGGAGAGUGCCAGGGCUUCACGAAAGGCCAUGUUGAAUUUCAAUGUGAACUUAGCUUCCGAUCCCUGCAUGGAGGUUUCCCAAGUUUCAAUCGGUGAUGGUGUUACACUAUGUAGAAGGAUUAGUUAAAUUAGAACCAGUAUCACCUUUACAAAA